AUGUCUGAAAAGAAGUUUGAAUGUUAUCGUGGAAAUAUGUGUGUAAUUCAAAAAGGAACUCGUAAUAUCUGUAGAGCUUGUCGGUACAAAAAGUGUCUUCAAGUUGGGAUGAAUGUUAAAGAUAUCCGCGGAAAGUACACCUCACCAAGCACGGAUUGCGAGGUAUCGAGCUCCGCGGAGAGCACUCCAAAGAGUUCAAAGGACACCGAAAUGGGCGUGGCCGAGGCGAUGGAGAUGGCACAGGUUUAUAUGAAUUUGGAGAAAUACUGUGAGAAUAAUUAUUGCGAAUCGAAUAUGUGCAGAGAGGAGGAGAAUCAACUAAUAGAUCGAAUGUUGGGUAGUAAUGUGCUGGAUUUGAUUCAGAAAACGUCACCGCAGUGUCCACGUUUCAAAAGAGAGUGGAAACCGUUGGAAAUCUUAAAUUUCGAGAAUUUCUGUAGAAGUUGGUCUAGAUCCAUUGUUCAUUUUCUGGAUUUUGCAACUCGAUUUCCUGUCUUCAAUCAACUUUCUCCAACUGAUAAGCGUGCGUGGUUUAUCAGUCGUCUUGCUCCUUGCUCAUUCCUCACAAUGGCUUAUCAAACAAGAGUAGAAAUGUGUGAAGGUCUUCUUUUCGGCUGUUCAAAUGUCUAUCCAUUGAAAUCUGAUCGAUGGAUUUCAGUGGAAGAUGAACAUUUGAGAUCUCUUUUCUCUUCAAUUACAGAGACAAUGUUUUCAUUUGUAAUAUAUCCAAUGAUGAAUCUAAAAGUCACUGAUCUGCACUAUUCACUUCUCAAAGCGUGUGUUUUCUUCUCAACAGGAAUUGUGGUAACUUCAGUGUCCGAUAAGGGAAUGGAAAUAAUGAGAAAUGAGUACACAAAACAUAAAAAUGCACUUAUGAAAUUGUUGAUGAAUGGGGUGGAAACUUUCAGUGAACAAACAGAUAUUCUAUUCCAAGUCCAGGACGUACAGAAUGCUUUGGAGCGCGUCUCAGCCCACUUCGAUCAGGAAAUUCAAUAUUUUCAUCUGCUGGGUCUUCCGAUUGUGAAAAAGAAUCUUCUCGUAGAAUGUCAUAUCAAUAAAGUUUGCUAA